AAUUGACAUUCGAGCAAUGUAGCCAGUGUGCAACUAUAAACAAUAGUUUCAUUAUCACAGGAAACGUUAUCUGUGGCUUAAACAGACCAAAUACACCCGACUAACUCCACCUAACCCAUGAAAUACUAAGUGCUUCUAAAGUGUUGCGUGAUUUAGCUAUAUUUACUUUUUAAUCUGAGCAGCUGGUCUGGAGGGCAGAGUGUUUGGAAAGUGCUGCUCCGAUUGGGGCGCUCGACAGGGGGAAGAGAGAUGGCGUGCUUGUUGGAGGCCCCUCUCCGCAUCAGCGUGCUAUCUGAGGUCACGGCCACCAGUCGCCAUUAUGUUGACAGGCUUUUUGACCCCGACCCGCAGAAAGUGCUGCAGGGAGUCAUUGACAUGAAGAAUGCUGUCAUCGGAAACAACAAACAGAAAGCCAACCUGAUUGUCCUGGGAGCUGUGCCCAGGUUACUGUAUCUGCUCCAGCAGGGCUCGUCCAGCUCAGAGCUGAGGGCAGAGUGUGCGGUGGUGCUGGGCAGUCUGGCCAUGGGCACUGAGAACAACAUCAAGUCCCUGGUGGAUUGUCACAUCAUCCCUGCCCUACUACAAGGUCUCCUAUGUUCAGAUCUGAUCUUCAUCGAGGCUUGUCUACGCUGCCUCAGGACAGUCUUCAUCAGUCCAGUCACCCCAGUGCAGUUGCUCUACACUGACCCAACUGUGAUCCCCCACCUCAUGUCCCUGCUGAGUCGGUCACAGCGGACACAGGAGUACAUCACCCAGAUCUUCUCCCACUGCUGCAAGACUCCAGAGCACCAGACGGUUCUGUUUAACCACGGGGCCAUCCAGAACAUCGCUCCCAUGCUCAUCUCUCCCUCCUAUAAGGUACGGAUGCAGGCAUUAAAAUGCUUCUCGGUCCUGGCCUACGAGAACACUCAGGUCUCCAUGACACUGGUGAAUGUGCUGGUGGAUGAGGAGCUGCUCUCUCAGGUAUUUGUCAGAAUGAUGCAAAGGGAUCAGCCCAUUGACAUGCAGCUCACAGCAGCCAAGUGUCUAACAUACAUGUGUCGAGCGGGAGCCAUCAGGACAGAUGAUAGCUGCAUUGUUUUAAAGACCCUGCCGUGCCUGGUGAGGAUGUGCAGUAAGGAGCGUCUGUUGGAGGAGCGUGUGGAGGGGGCAGAGACCCUGGCCUACCUGAUGGAGCCUGAUGUGGAGCUGCAGAGGAUCGCCAGUGUAACCGACCACCUAGUGGCCAUGCUGGCUGACUACUUCAAAUACCCCAGCUCUGUCAGCGCCAUCACUGACAUCAAGAGGUUGGAUCACGACCUGAAGCAUGCUCAUGAGCUGAGACAAGCUGCCUUCAAGCUGUACGCCUCACUGGGCUCCAACGACGAAGAUAUCCGCAAGAAGAUCACAGAGACAGAGAACAUGAUGGACAGGAUAGUGAGUGGCUUGUCAGAAUCCAGCGUCAAGGUGCGGCUAGCUGCAGUCAGGUGUCUUCACAGUCUGUCCCGGUCAGUCCAGCAGUUGAGGACUAGUUUUCAUGACCACGCAGUAUGGAAGCCCCUUAUGAAGUUGUUACAGAACGCUCCAGACGAGGUGUUGGUCAUGGCCUCUUCUACACUAUGCAACCUGCUACUGGAGUUUUCCCCCAGCAAAGAGCCCAUCCUGGAGUCAGGGGUGAUAGAGUUACUAUGCAGUCUGACCCAGAGUGACAGUCCAGCCCUGAGGGUCAACGGCAUCUGGGCUCUCAUGAACAUGGCGUUCCAGGCGGACCAGAAGGUGAAGGGGGAGAUUGUGAGAGCGUUGGGGACGGAGCAGCUCUUCCGUCUGCUUUCUGACCCUGACUCUAACGUCCUGAUGAAGACCCUGGGCCUGCUACGGAACCUGCUCUCCACACGACCCCACAUAGACCAGGUCAUGAGUUCCCAUGGGAAGCAGAUCAUGCAGGCGGUCACUCUGAUCCUGGAGGGAGAACACAGCAUCGAGGUCAAGGAACAGACACUCUGUAUCCUAGCCAACAUCGCUGACGGAAACACAGCCAAGGAACUCAUCAUGACCAAUGAUGACAUCCUCCAGAAAAUCAAAUAUUACAUGGCUCACUCUAAUGUCAAGCUCCAGCUGGCGGCCACCUUCUGUAUCUCCAACCUGAUCUGGAACGAGGAGGACGGUGAGGCCAACGCCAUGACAGGUUCCCAGGAGCGUCAGGACAAGCUGAGGGAGUUGGGAUUUGUAGACAUCCUGCACAAACUCACCCAGGCCUCAGACCCCAACCUCUGUGACAGGGCGAAGACGGCGAUGCAGCAGUAUCUGGCGUGACCCCACGGGAGCAGUCUCAGACGUCGUUGCCCCUAAUAACACAACUAACAAUCCAAUGGCCUGCCAGGAGGAAACCUGCCUGCCUGCUGCCAUUGUUUUGUUUUCUUCUCCUUCCGUUUAAUCUUCAGUUUUAGUUUUGUUCCACCCCGACCCCCAUCCCACCCAGAGACAAGGUUGGACGGGAAACCGGGAAACUAGCGAUUUCUGCAUAGCAACGGUUACUGGAGGGGAGGGGGGGGUUCAUUCAAAGGUUUUUGCCUUUUUUUUUUUUACGCAAAGAUAGAUGAAGAUUUUUAUUUUGUUUCUGGGACUUGAUGUGAAUGAAGAAGGAUUAGUUGCGUGCAGUACAGUAGCCAGCCAGUGCAGCACAGUGCCACCAUGUGGCCAGGAGGCUUUGGUGCUUUUGGACUCCCUAACGAGGAGACUGAACAUAAAGACGUCUCAGAGUGGGACGGAGAGCUGGACUAAAGGCUCUGACGAAGAGGGCAGGGUUGUGGGAGCAUCGCUUCCUCCUGGAUUUAUUUAGCUAAUUAAUUAUUCAUUAUUGAUAUUACUAUUAUUAUUAUUGUUAUUUUAAAGAGGGCUUUAUGUCACGAGAGAGGAUGCGUUUGGAAAAAGACUGCUCAAUUUGUACUUUUUUGUGUUUUCUUUUUUUUGUGGAUACAUACCUCGUAAAUAUAUAUAAAUAUAAACAUAUAAAUAUAUUUUUUAGAUUAUAAUUUCCCCCUCUGUUUUUUUUCUUCUGUGUCUGAUCCCUGGUUCCUUGUACAGUAGGGUGUGAACAUAAUAUCAAUGGGAGGAUUCUGUGGUCAAUAGAACAAAGUUAGAAGGUUGACUAAAAAUAUGGGCUGAUUUCACGGACCCAGAUUAAGUUUAGUCCUUGGACUAAAAACACUUUCAAUGGAGAAUCUCCAUUGAGCAUAAUUUUAAAAUCUAGUACUAGAUUUAGGGCUCUAUUCAAUCUGUAUCAUGAAAGUUCAGUGUUAUAGCGUGAUUGAAAUGUCAAGGCAAUGUUCCCACGUUAGCAGAGCCUGCAUUCACAGUAAACGCUGCAUGUGUCGGCUCAACCGGAAAUUACCUUUACAUUUCAAUAGCGCAAUCUGUAACACUUCAGCGAUACAGAUUUGAAUAGGGCCCUUAAUCUGUAUCUGGUAAACCGGCCCAUAGCGGGUCACUAUGUAUGACUGACACUCUCUAGUCUGUUACCUUUCAGGAGGCACUAAGAUGGAUCUACAAAAUAGGAUAAAAUGCUAAAUGUCCUUUACCUUUAGCCAUUUGGUUCCCCACAGAAUCUUCUAGAUCUUUCCUCUCCCUGACAUUUCCAUUCUUACAGAAGCUCUGAUAAAAUGAAUGCUACCAUUUGAAAUAUAUGCAGACCUGAAAGAUGGACUUGGUCAUUGAGUACUGUCUUUUUUUUUUAUAUCCAUGGGCACCGGGGGGAGGGAAGUGGAGCACACUUAAUUGUCAGUGUGAGGCAUGUGAACAGGUGAAAGAAACUGGUCACAAGUGUAAUAUAACUGAAUACAUGCAUCAAUUAAAGGUCCACCGGUUAUAA